GAGAGAGAGAGAGAGAGAGAGAGAUGAGUGUCAAUGUGCGGCUGUGGCGUCCGGCUGCACAGCGGGGAGUUAGAAAUGGCUUUUCGAUGAUUGAGGGGGCGCGAUUAAAAUGGGAGGAGGCUUCGUCGCGAGGUUUGGCAGCAGCCACAGGGAUUGUCAAUGCUCAUCUAUCGGGGAGGUACCUCGGCCAGUGGGAUCUUGGUGUACUGUCAGAUCUAGAGGGUAUCCGAGAAUGCGCAGCAAAAAAGCUGCAAUGGCAACAGGGAACUUAUGCAGAAAAGCUUCAGGACGCCCUUGAGGACCUUGUGGCUUCUUUGGCCUCCAUGGAUGAGGCUGCAGCAUCAAUAAGGAUGUAUGUGAAUGAAAUUGACACUCCAUCUAAGGGCAGCCCCUCUCCUUUGGGAGAAAAUAGAAAUGAAAAUGUUAUUCCAGUGUAUGGUGCCUUACCCCUUUCCGCGUUUGAGAACUGGGCGAGGGAGACGGUCGAUAUGUUUCAUCGAGAGCUGAAAGUGAAGAUUCACCAAGCAAGAGUCAUGUCUCAAAGGUAGGAGUCACGUGUCCUAAUGAAAAGUCAUAUUGAAG